CGUUUUCAAAAAGUUACAGAUCAUCAUUCACAUCAUACAUACACAAAACACAUACCCAUCUCUCUCUCUCUACCUUUCUCUCUAAAAUCUCCCAAUCCAAACAGUUUUUUUUUCUCAGAGACAACAUCAUCAACAACAACAACUGAAACAGAACACAACACAACUCAUCGAAAUAGCGUGGACUCAAAAGUUAGAAUCCAAGGCAAUUUUUUUGGUUUUAGUCUUAUGGAGCUUUUCUGAUAGAGAGAGAGAGACUGAGCUUUGUGAUUGUAUUUAUGCUUACGACACCGUUUGAAGCAAAUAGUCUUUGUAAAGAUUAAAGAGAGAGAGAAAGAGAAACGAAACGGUGUGGUUCCUUUUUGGGUUUUUGAAAAAAAUUUCUUUGCUUUUUUUUUUUUUUUUUUGGGUUUGGGUUUUUUUUUUUUUUUUUUUUUAUGUUAUAUAACUCUCACACCAUAAAGGGUUGGCUUAAAAAGAGUGAGAGCGUCCAAGAGAGAAAGUGAGUUAUAGAGAGAGAGAGAGAGAGAGUCACAGUGACUAGUAAAAACAAUGCAAGAGAGUAUGAAGAAGAAGAAGAUUAAUAACAACAACAGCAACGAAGAUUCUAAGAAGAAGGAGCGUCACAUUGUUACGUGGAGUCAAGAGGAGGAUGAUAUACUCCGUGAGCAAAUUGGUCUUCAUGGAACAGAGAAUUGGGCGAUUAUUGCAUCAAAGUUCAAGGACAAAACAACACGGCAGUGUAGAAGAAGGUGGUAUACAUACUUGAAUUCUGAUUUCAAGAAAGGCGGAUGGUCGCCGGAGGAGGACCUUCUCUUAUGUGAGGCUCAAAAGAUGUUUGGUAACAGAUGGACAGAAAUUGCAAAGGUGGUUUCAGGCAGAACGGAUAAUGCUGUGAAGAACCGUUUCUCUACACUGUGCAAGAAGAGAGCAAAAUAUGAAGCCUUAGCAAAAGAGAAUGCUAGUUCAUACAUCAAUUCAAAUAACAAAAGGGUUGUACCCCAAAAUGGAUAUAAUACAGAUAGAACUUCAGGGACUGCAGCACCUUUAAAGAAGAUGAGGAGGACCCACAUCUCUGAUUUCACAGAGAGUUACAACUUAAGAGACAGAUCACAUAAGCCAUGUGGAACAAUAAAUCAGCAGCUAAGAGCUCCUUUUGCUGUUUUGGUUCAGAACUUCCACAAUAUUAAUAACUUGCCAGCCCAACAUCAAGUCAACAGUGCCAAGGAAGUCCUCAAUGAUGAAGCAGCUCAGAAUGAUAAGAUUCAGGGUACAUUUCUCAAAAAAGAUGACCCAAAGAUAACUGCUUUGAUGCAACAAGCGGAAUUGCUCAGCUCACUCGCACUUAAAGUUAAUACAGAGAACACAGACCAAAGUCUUGAAAAUGCUUGGAAGGCUCUGCAAGAUUUCCUGAACCGAAGCAAAGAAUGUGAUAUUCUAAAUUAUAGAUUCCCUGAUAUUGAUCUUCAACUUGAAGAUUUCAAAGAUUUGGUAGAUGACUUAAGAAGUUGUAAUGAGGGAAGUCAUCAAUCCUGGAGGCAACCUGAUCUGUACGAUGAGUCUCCUGGUAGCUCUGACUACAGUACAGGAUCGACUCUCCUGUUGCAUUCAGCCAGUAACAAACUGGAACAAGGACAUGCUGAGAUAUGUUCACUGCAUCAGGAUAUUGGAACUGGGUCAGAAUCAAUUCAUAUUGAAGAGCAAAAGGAUGUUGGCGAAUGUGAGAAUGGGGUUAUUUCUGGAGCAACCCCAAAGCAAGGGAUUUUCAUGUGUUGUGAUGAACAACCAAACAAUGAUGGAGUUGUUUGUGUCUCAUCAAGUACAGACUUUGGUUCCCCUCUUCAAGUAACCCCACUGUUCAGAUCAUUAGCAGCAGGAAUUCCUAGCCCCAAAUUUUCAGAAAGUGAAAGGAGCUUCCUACUAAAAACACUUGGAAUGGAGUCCCCUUGCCCCAACCCAAGUGCUAAUCUUUCACAACCACCAACCUGCAAAAGAGCCCUCCUCCAGAGUCUAUAACCAACCUUUCUGAUUUACCUCACAAUAGAAAUUCUAUGUGGUCCAGAUCCAUUAUUGAGUUCCUGUCUUCUCCUUUGAAUUCAGUUUCUUCGGAUUGCAGCAAUUCCGGCCUGAAAUUUUACAUAGGCAUGUCGAGAUCUGCAUUCCAAGACCCCCAGAUCUAGAAUGUUAUGGUGCAUUCUGGCAUUCUCCUACACAUUUAACGUGUUCUGCAUUUUUUUUGUUCCCCACCGGGGUUCCUACCUAGAUACUUACAUGAAAACUAGUGUGUUUGGUGUGUCAUCCCUUUUGGUUUUUUUCCUUGAGCUUUAAGGUUUUGGGUGUUCCAGUUUUUGGUCUUGAUUUAUCAUUUGUACAGAACCUGUUAUAUAAUCCCUAGUCAUUCAGAGUGUAAUUAUACAUCGGCAACUCGCCUAUAUCCGACCUAGGAUUGAUGAUGAAAGAUAUAGAGGAAAGAGAAGAAAAAAAAAAAAAAAGAGUAAAGGAGGAUUAACCAGCUGAAAUGGAUUCCUAUUUGUUUGUUUUUGGGUGUGCAAAGGGUAUAGAAUAAGUCCUUAUUUUUUAUUUUUUUCCCCCCUGAUUUCUGAUGUAAUGAAACUUAGUAUGAAUGGAUUGGAAAUGUAUUCUGGUUUUGGUGUGCA